AGCUGUUCCAUGUAUCACGUCAAAGGUCUUUCUGCUGCUCUUCUCCUGUGUUUCAUGUUGUUGUUUGACUAAGUUAUGAUGGACCAAGAGCAGCCUUACAAUUGCUCUCACAGAAUGAGAGGUUUUUCUUCUGCUUCCUCCACUGGAGUUACCUACAAGCCACCUGUAUGUCAACCUUACGUGGCCACUGGCAGGUCUGGAGAAGGCAACAGCAGCAGAAGUUUCCAUAACUUUGGCCAAGCACAUAGGAUUUCCAAUGGCAGAUACCGGGGUGGAGGAAUCCGUGAGAUUUACAUUAACAAGCAGCUCUUAGAACCUCUCUAUCUUGGGGUUGAUCCACAUGACCAUCAGGUUAAAGCAGAUGAAAAGGAACAAAUCAAGGACCUCAACAAUCAGUUUGCUUGCUUCAUUGAUAAGGUCAGAUAUUUGGAAGAAAGGAACCAAGCCCUGGCCACCAAGUGGGAGCUGCUGAAAUCUCAAAACCCAGCAGUUAAGAAAGACCUUUCACCACUAUGUGAAAAUUACAUCACUAGCAUGAGAAGAAAACUUGACAAUUUAUUGUGUGAGAAGAACCAACUACAACAGGAACACAAGACCAUGUUGGAUCUAAUUGAGGCAAAUCGAUGCAAGUAUGAAGAAGAAGUCAAGAGACGAACAAAUGCAGAGAAUGAGUUUAUUGUGUUAAAGCAGGAUGUUGAUGGCAUAUUUAAAAAGCAGAAGGAACUGGAACAGAAGAAAGAAGUGCUGGAAGAAAACAUAGGUUUCUUGACAAACUUCUUUUCAAAGGAACGCGCUAUCUUGGAGAGUCAGUUAAACAAUACAUCUGUGGUGGUCAAUAUGGAUAACAGCAGAUGCCUGGAUAUGGAUGGCCUCAUCCAGGAAAUUGAGAGCUGGUAUCAGGGCAUUGUUCAAAAAAGCAAGGGAGAAGCUAACCUCUUUUACUGGAACCAGAUGGAGGAUCUCCAAAGCAAACGAAGUCAGUUCUAUGAGAAGCUGAGACAAAACAAUGCUGAUAUUGCUGAGCUAAAUCGCUAUGUCCAGAUAAUGAGAUGCCAAGUAGGAACCGAAAAGCAGAAGGUUGCUUCUUUGCAUGCAGCCCUCAGGGAAACUAAAGAACUUGGAGACCAUGCUCUGCAAGAUGCUGAAUCUAAAUAUAAGGAUCUUCAGAAUCGUGUGCAGACCUCCAAAGACAGAUUGGUCGCCCUUGUGCGGGAUUAUCAGGAUCUCAUGAAUACCAAACUAGCCCUCGAUAUUGAGAUUGCAACAUACAAGACACUGCUGGAAGGAGAGGAGCAAAGAAUCUCUGCAGGAGUUCCUGUGAACGUGGGUAAGAAACUAGAAGUUUCCGUUAUUUACUUCUGUAAUGGGAAACAUUUAAUUUCCCACAUUAUCUCUAUUUGAAACACAUGGGUUAUUGUGAGAAUCACUCAUUGCACAUUUCAUUCUUUUACAGCUAUGGUGAAUGCUACGUGUGCCCUCCACAACCCAGCCCGCCAUCUGAAACCAUAGACUGAAAGCCAAAAGAACACUAGCUACAAAUAUAGGGUGUUGUUGUUAGGACUGGCAGCUGAAACUUCAGAGGAGUUAAUCCUUGCAUGAUUGCCUUGGGUUUAUGGUUAUAUAGGGUGUAUGCAUCUGUGCUCCUGAGGACUCCUGAUAUGAAUUGGAUUUAAAUAUCAGUAAUCAUAUGGGACAAUCCCUUUGACUGAAUAGUGAGCCAGGAACAAAUCCACUCUCUCCUUAAGUUUGUGUGCAGACCUUAAACAAGACUGGGAAUAUUUGGCUCUCCAGAUAUUUUGGAUUUCAACUACCAGAAGUCUCAGCCAGCAUAGCAACAGUAAGGGAUUAUGGGAAUGCAGGUCUAACAACACUUGGAUUGCCGGUGACAUGUAAUAGUCCUUUAAACUGUACUAAGUCUUCUAAGGAAGCCAUUUCAAAGUUAUGUCUCAAAUAUAGCUUUUUUAAGGCAAACCAAACCACAACUGAUAUAAAGCCACAGUUUGUUAAGCUUGGUGACACGAUGAGUUGUAGUUAAUUAAAAAUAAAAAUGAAACCUUCCAAA